UGCUAUAGCAACGCAUAUAAACUGAGCUGCACACAGCCUUGUUUUAGAGGAGUUAUGUAGUUAGCUUUUGGAUUUUAGCUAGUUAGCUAGCAAGAUAAGGGAUAUAACAGUGUCUGAGCUUGCUAGUGUAGUUAUCUUGGAAGCUUGAGGAUGGUGCAAGUUAGGUCACUAACUUAGUUACUUAGAAGACAUAGCUAGCUAGCUAACUCGGUUGGACUAUUACAACGAAUGGCAAUAACAUUUCCGCAUCGUUUUUCCUCUCCCCAGCCACCCCUUCUUGUAGGUGCAUUUUGCCCAGAUUGCCAUGGCCUCUGAUGGGUCCUCGACCCAGCAGUGCCGGAAGAAGAAGAAGAAGAAUAGUAGUUCAAAGAAGGUGGACGAGGCUCCAGAGGUAUUGGAGAUUCAGGCAGAUAUUGAGGAUUUGACUGCCUCUGGAAACAGUGCUCUGCUCAGGGGAGACUGCACAGAAGCCCUUGGCUUCUUCAAGAAGGCCUUCAAAGCCUCACUUGAGCUGCAGGAGACCCGAGUCCAGCGAGCCUGUGCCUUUAAUGUGGGUGCGGCCUACGUGGAGGCAGGCAAGCCUCAGAAGGGGCUGGACUUCCUGAAGCGAGCCCAGCCUGGUGAGAGGGGCGAGCGAGUGGCGGACCUUCAGUUCAACCUGGGCGCCGCCCACGAGGCUCUGAAAGAGCCGGCGCAAGCGGCAGCGCAUUACCUGCAGGCCGCCCAGCUGUACCGCUCCCAAGGAGAGGGGGGCAGUGAAGGUGACGCCUGCAUGAAGCUGGCCCGCUGCCACCUGCUCGCCCAGGACUGGACCCAGGCAGCUCAGAGUUUGCAGCGGGCUGGGGAGAGCUACAGGGUGGCAGGCAAGCUGGAGUCUGCAGCUGUGGCUCUGAAGGAGGCUGGAAAUCACAUGCUCCAGAGCGAUGAUUUCACAGAGGACAACGUUAUUGCUGUGCUCACAGAGUGUCUGGAGCUGACUGUUAGUGUCAAGGAUGAAGACACAGUGGGCAAGCUGUACAAUGACUUGGGCCUGAGCUUCUCCCAGCUGCAGCUGUUCCCCGAGGCUGCGGAGUGUUUCGAGCGAGCCCUGCCGCUGGCCCGGACCAAGCCUCAGAGGCGGGCCGUGGUUCUGCAGAACCUGGGCGCGAUCCACAACACGCUGGCCCAGUACCAGCAGGCCCUGGGUUACCACAGAGAGGCCGCAGCCCUGCAUGGAUCCCAGGGCAGUCGCGGUGCUCAGGGUCAGUGCUUCAGUAACCUGGCGUUUGCCCUCAGUCAGCUUGGCGAGCACGAGGAGGCGGGCGAGAACUAUCUUCAUGCCCUGCAGGCCUUCAAAGACACAGACGACCACGAGGGGCAGUGGCAGGCCUGUGAAGGGCUCGGAUCAGCUAAGCUGCGAGUGGGUGACCCCGAGAAAGCCACCGUGUACUACAAACAGGCUCUGGGGCUGCUGUGCAAGUGCAAAGACUUCCCCAGCGUGGCCCAGGAGAGGCUGGUGAACAGGCUGAGCGACGCCCUGCAGUACAAGCUGUCCCUGCAGAGCCGCCUGUCCCACGGAAAAGCACCGGCCGCUGCCCUGCCGCACAGGCGUCUUUACGAAAGCAAGCCCUUUUUCAGGCGAGUCCCUCAAGACAGGCACGCACCACAGGGGGUCGCUGGCAUUAACGGCGCCAGGCCCUCUGUACUCCCCCGCACACUCCAGAGGCUGGAUUUCAACCACCAGCCCGGCGCGGAGCUCUCUAAUGGUCUGAAGGAGAAGGGCGGGUCCCAGGGGGGAGUGGCUCUCGCCCCAGAGCAGGGGGCGGGGCAGAGGAGCGCAGCGUCCCAAAAAAAGGAUGGUGGCAGUGAUAACGCAGCUGAAGUGAUGACAGAGUCGGACUCACAGUUCCGUGACCCUCACUCUGAGCAGCCCAACUAUCAGACUGCACUGCCAGAGGCCAACAGGAAUCUGAACAACACCUACCUGCAGCCAGAGCCCCAUUACCAGAACCAGGCUCUGUCAGAGACCCUGGGACUCCCCCCGCACACUGAGCACUUAUAUGAAACCAUCAAACAGAGGACAACAGUGAUAAGUGACCCUCCAUUGGCUCAGAGCUCAGAGCUGUCUCUCACUGAGAGGACUGGCAGUGAGGAGGCCACGCCCCUGUACAGAAAGUGGAGGUCACGGGUGUGCGCAGUCAUGUGACCUUCACACGGAUGAACUAUUCGCUACAUUGUAAAUAGUUGGAGCAUUCAGCACUCAUUGUUUAUAUGAUGACUGGACAAAAUGGAUUUGAUUGGUCCAAAAUGGAUAUAUUUUUUUUCACAAGUGUUCAAGUUUGUCAGCUUAUUAUAUUGCACACUCACACUGCCUCUGUUUGGUGAGCAAAUUGAUUUCAGAAGCAGACAGUAUUGAUCUAACCUUGCGCAUACAGUCAUGAUGACAUAUGUUUCUUUUUUCUAUAUGGAAACUGCUUAAUUUGCCUCAUGUUUGUUAAAAAACUAAUUUGAUGUCCUUAUAUUCAGUGUUGAUUAUAUAAAUGUAUACAGUGUGUUAGGUUAUGUUUUUCCGUUUGCAGCCCCCUUAAAAGUUAAUGAAUGGAUACAUUAUUCCAAAUGGUCUUAUUUGCUUGUGUUAACCUUUCCAUAGAUUUUCACUAAAUUAAAUUUGCAAAGGCCGGCGUUUUAAGCUCAAAGUAAUGUGUAAAAUCUUAAACUUUGACCAUGUAAUAUUAAUUCAUUGUUUCGGGUAUUUUCCCUGAGGUUAUUCACUAUGAUUAACAUUUUUGCUAAUGGCUAGAACCAAUGGCUGCUGGAAUGACAGCAUAGUGCCAGCGUACAAUUUCUUGUGAAAUUAAGUCAUUAAAGGGCAAACCAUGCCACACGGCCCCAAUUA